AUGCAUCCGAUCCUACAUGAGCCUAAAUAUGCUCCACUCCAUAGUAGCUCAGAAGCCAUUCGCAGAGCUUGUCUUCCAGCACCACAACUUCAAGGCAAUCUCUUUGCUGGUUUUGAUGAAACUUUACUGAGAGGAGCUGAAGCUUUGGCAGCCGUGGAUAUUGUUUCACAGAAAACACAUCCGUUUAAACCAGAUGCCACGUACCACACCAUGAGCAGUGUCUCUUGUACUCCAACCUCUUCCACAGUGCAUCUGCAUCACCCUUCCGUCUUAACAACCCACCAUUCACAUCAUCAUCAUCAUCAUCACCAGCCCUCACAAGGUUUAGACGGGGACCUUCUAGAUCACCUAAAUCCUGCCCUUGCUUUAGGAGGCGUCCCAGGACCAGAUGUUGGAACGACACCCCUCCCAUCCACACACCCAUAUGUCUGCCAUUAACCACAUGGCCCACCACACUCAGUCUAUGAACAUCUCUCAUAACCAUACAUUGGCAACUCACACAGCAAUGUCCUGCUCUGAGAGUGAAACAGACCCAAGAGAACUUGAAUCCUUUGCUGAAAGAUUCAAACAAAGGAGAAUAAAACUUGGUGUGACACAGGCUGAUGUUGGAUCUGCCUUGGCCAACCUGAAGAUCCCAGGUGUUGGUUGUCUCAGCCAAAGCACCAUUUGCAGGUUUGAGUCCCUCACAUUAUCUCAUAACAAUAUGGUGGCCUUAAAGCCUAUUUUGGAAGCUUGGCUAGAGGAGGCCGAAAGAGCACAGAGGGAAAAAAUGACCAAACCUGAAAUCUUUACUGGGGGAGACAAAAAACGCAAACGUACUUCCAUUGCUGCCCCAGAAAAACGAUCACUAGAAGCUUAUUUUGCUGUUCAGCCAAGACCUUCUUCAGAGAAGAUAGCAGCAAUAGCUGAAAAACUAGACUUAAAAAAGAAUGUAGUUCGUGUCUGGUUUUGUAAUCAAAGGCAGAAACAGAAAAGAAUGAAAUUUUCUGCAACAUACUGA